UUGCUAAAAGUCUUUGAAGCACAGUUAUCAUAUCGUCUGGGAGUACAGGGAGUCCGCUGGAGUACGGGAGUCGCGCUUUUUCCCCCUUGGUUAUUCCACAAGUACCAAUUCUAUUUUGUGGUACACUUCGAUACAAUCUUGAUCCAUUCGCACAGUAUACUGAUGAAGAUUGUCUUAGAGCACUUGAAGCUGUCCAACUCAAACAAUUGAUGUGCAAUCAUCCUGAUGGACUUCAUCAAUUAGUGGCGGAAUUAGGUACUAAUUUUAGUGCUGGAGAACGCCAACUCAUCUGUGUGGCACGCGCCAUUCUAAAGAAAAGCCGCAUAUUGCUUAUUGAUGAGGCCACAGCCAAUGUUGAUAAUGUAACCGAUAAUAUGAUUCAAAGUGUGAUAGCAGACAAGUUUCGUGAUCGUACAAUACUGACAAUUGCACAUCGAUUGCAUACAAUAGCAAACUGUGAUCGUAUUCUUAUGUUGCAACAAGGAGAAGUAGCUUAUUUCGAUGUACCAAGUAACAUUGAUCUAAGUUAG